AUGGAAAAAGCAUCGAUCCUCGUCUACAGAAAUGAAUUACGAACUGAAUUGAAUGUUCUAGCUACCGUGUUCGAAGCAUUUGAAAAGGAUGUUAAGCCGUUGGUAUGUAUUGCUCAAGACGAAUUGAAAAUUAACAUCGACAAUCCCGAUGUUCACAAGCACCUGCUAGAAUUACCAGAUAAUACAAUAAAAUGUCUACCUGAAUACUUAACGCUAGUUCCGGGCAUGAAUGUUCUACUGACGCAAAACAUGGCUACAGAAUUGAAGUUACCUAGUGGUACAACGGCAAUAUUUCGCGAAUUAGCCUAUGUGCAAGCAGAUAACAAUCUCAGCAACGUCGAUACGACAAAGUUUCCAACUCCAUCUUCAUCCAAGAGCCCUUGUAUGCACUAG